AUCACACAACAGUAAUGAAUGGAAACACGGCGCAGCCAAGAAAAGUUCAGCAGCGACUCAAAGUAACUGUCGGGUAGAAAAAAAGUUAACUGUCUGCGGAGUCUUUUUCUAUUUUUUAUUUCAUUUUUUAAGUUGUAAGUAAUGGAUUGGCCUGGUAAAAAAGGAACGACGUCCUGGAAGAGAAAACAUCUGUUUGGUUUUCUGCUAUAACUUUUGUAUUUUUAUUUUUGUUAAGGGAAACUUACACUGUACACCUAACUGCUUGAUUCAGAGGUAAAUGGCAUUUUGUGACGGCAACACGAGACUUGUGCGCUGUCAGCUUUUUAUCUCGAAAAAGUGGAUCUGGAUUCAUCCGUGAAUAAAACCUGCGAAACUCCUUUGGAUUUACACUAUACUUGGAUUUCGGAGAAAAAAAGCUGAAGGGGUGGGGGGGUUUCAGCUGACUUUCACGAUGGGUAACAUAGAAAGCGCGGACGGCCCGUCGGAGAUGAAGCAUCACAUCAUGCCGCUGAAGGUGCCCAUGCCGGAGCCCAACGAGCUGGAGGAGAAAUUUGCAAUUGUUUUGAACUCCAUGAACCUUCCUCCAGACAAAGCCCGGCUCCUCAGACAGUAUGACAAUGAGAAGAAGUGGGACCUGAUCUGCGACCAGGAACGGUUUCAAGUGAAGAAUCCACCUCACACCUACAUCCAGAAACUCAGAGGCUACUUAGACCCUCGGGUCACACGAAAGAAGUUUCGCAGGCGAGUGCAGGAAUCCACAAAAGUCUUAAGGGAGCUGGAGAUAUCAUUGAGGACAAACCACAUUGGGUGGGUCAGGGAGUUCCUCAAUGACGAGAACAGAGGUCUGGAUGUCCUGGUGGAGUACCUCUCCUUCGCCCAGUGUGCUGUCAUGUUGGAUUUUGAUGGGCUGGAAAAUGGGGACGAUGGCUUCUUGGACAAAGCUAAAUCAUGGAGCAGGUCCAUAGAGGAUCUGCACCAUACAAGUGCCCAGCCCUUCUGCAACACGCUGGUGCGCUCUGCCCGCCAGUCUGUCCUGCGCUAUGGCACAGUAUCGAACAGCAAAACCGUCAAGAACUCCCGGCUCGUGAGUCAAAAAGACGAUGUGCACGUUUGCAUCAUGUGCUUGAGAGCCAUCAUGAACUAUCAGUACGGCUUCAACAUGGUCAUGUCUCAUGCACAUGCCGUCAAUGAAAUUGCCCUGAGCCUGAACAAUAAGAACUCACGAACAAAAGCGCUGGUCCUCGAGCUACUUGCUGCUGUGUGUCUUGUGCGAGGAGGUCACGAGAUCAUCCUCUCAGCGUUCGACAACUUCAAAGAGGUUUGUAAAGAGAAGCAUCGGUUUGAGAGACUGAUGGACUUCUUCCGCAGUGAGGAAGGAAACAUAGACUUCAUGGUUGCUUGCAUGCAGUUCAUCAACAUUGUGGUCCAUUCAGUAGAGGACAUGAACUUCAGAGUCCAUCUGCAGUAUGAAUUUACAAAGCUGGGGCUCGAUGACUAUUUGGAGAAGUGUAAACACACGGAGAGUGACAAACUGUCGGUGCAGAUCCAGGCCUACCUGGACAACGUGUUUGAUGUGGGUGGCCUCCUGGAAGAUGCAGAGACAAAGAAUGCGGCGCUGGAGAAGGUGGAGGAACUGGAGGAGCACCUGUCCCAUGUGACAGAGAAGCUUUUGGAAGUUGAGAAUGAAACUAUGAUGAAAGUGGCCGAUUUGGAGAAGCUGGUUCUUCAGAAAGACAAGGACCUGCAAGUAAUACGGGAGACAUACGAGUCGACCAACACCCAGGUCACCACCCUGAGGAGGAUGAUAAAGGAAAAGGAUGCAGCCUUCCAGCGGCACUUCAACAUCGAGAAGCGGCUGCUGGAGCUGGAGCAGCAGGGCACCAUCCGCCUGCACAAGAAACCGGACGGGAACAUCUCCAUCGAGCCGCUGGGGGUGGGCGGCGCGGGCGGGGCCAGUGGCAUCGGUAUCCCCUUGGGGAACAUCGGCCAGCUGUCUUUGGGUUCAACAGCUGGGCUGACAGAAGCAGGACUAGACACCAGUUUACCGCCGGCCAGUGAAGCUCCUCCGCCUCCUCCGCCGCCCCCGCCACCCCCGCCUCCCCUGCCGUCUACCUCAGCUGCACCAGUUCCACCACCUCCUCCUCCUCCUCUCGCUCCUCCUCUGCCGGGUGUAUUUCCCUCUGUUAUCCUGAGCUUGGGGCUGUCAGCCAUCAGAAUCAAGAAGCCCAUCAAGACCAAGUUCCGCUUGCCUGUAUUUAACUGGACGGCCCUGAAGCCCAAUCAGAUCAACGGCACCGUCUUCAAUGAGAUUGACGAUGAGCGUGUGCUUGAGGAGCUGGAUCUGGAGAGGUUUGAGGAGCUGUUUAAGACCAGAGCCCAGGGCCCAAUCGUGGAUAUUGCCUGCACAAAGAGCAAAGUAGCCCAGAAAGCAGUGAACAAGGUCUCUCUUCUGGACGCUAAUCGUGCCAAGAACUUAGCCAUCACCCUGCGAAAAGCCAACAAGACCACAGAGGAGAUCUGCAAAGCAAUAGAGAAGUUUGAUCUCAAGGCCUUACCUGUGGACUUCGUGGAGUGUCUGAUGCGUUUCCUGCCCACUGAUUCAGAGGUGAAGGUGUUUCGUCAGUACGAGCGAGAGCGGCGCCCCCUGGAUCAGCUGACAGAGGAAGAUCGCUUCAUGUUAUUCUUCAGCAAGAUCGAGAGGCUCACUCAGAGGAUGAACAUCAUCACCUUCGUGGGGAACUUUGCUGAUAAUGUCAGCAUGCUGACGCCGCAGCUCAACGCCGUAAUCGCUGCUUCCGGCUCAGUGAAAUCCUCACCAAAAAUGAAGAAAAUGCUCGAGAUCAUCUUAGCCUUGGGCAACUACAUGAACAGCAGCAAGCGAGGCUGUGUUUAUGGCUUCAAGCUGCAAAGUCUCGAUCUGCUACUGGAUACUAAGUCCACGGACAGAAAGAUGACGUUGCUUCACUACAUCGCUCUUAUUGUGAAGGAGAAGUAUCACGAACUGGCCAACUUUUACAACGAAUUGCACUUUGUGGAUAAAGCAGCUGCAGUGUCUCUGGAAAAUGUGCUGCUCGACGUUCGAGAGCUGGGCAAAGGCAUGGACCUGAUCCGAAAAGAGUGCAGUCUCCACGACCAUUCAGUGCUGAAGGGCUUCAUCCAGGCCAGCGACCCGCAGCUGGACAAGCUACAGAAGGAUGCCAAGGCAGCAGAGGAAGCCUUCAACAGUGUGGUGAACUACUUCGGAGAGAGUGCCAAGACGACUCCACCCUCCGUGUUCUUCCCCGUGUUUGUGCGCUUCAUCAAGGCCUACAAGGAUGCAGUGGAACAAAACCACCUGAGGAAAAAGCAAGAGGAAGCAAUACGAGAGAAGUUACUGGCUCAGGAGGCCAAACAGCAGGACCCCAAGGUCCAGGCCCACAAGAAGAGGCAGCAGCAACAGGAGCUGAUCGCGGAGCUGCGCAAGCGGCAGGCCAAAGACCACCGGCCCGUGUACGAGGGCAAGGACGGCACUAUCGAGGACAUCAUCACAGUACUGAAGAGCGUGCCCUUCACAGCCCGCACUGCUAAACGCGGCUCACGGUUCUUCUGUGAAGCCAACCUCUGCGACGACGCCAACUGCUAGCCCUACCCCCCCCUCUAAUGCCAAGGUCGUCCAGAUCUCCGAAACCAGCCCUUCCUGCGAGCUGACGCGUUGAUCCGGAGCGGUUGGAAGAGACCUUAAACCACUUGUCCGCCACUUAUACCCCCCCUCCCCGCCUUGUAACCCAUCUCCACCCCCCUGAGGCUGCAGAUCAUAAAUAAAGACUGCAAAGGGAGGCCAGGAUUAAUCCCUUGUUUUGGCUGGGUAAUUUAUUUAUUUAUGGAUGCCAUUUAAAGCCACUGUUCAGUGAGCAGGUAUCAUUACACGAGCGCAGCGAGGCCACAGCAUCGUUGGAAGGACGACCACUGUACAGGUGAGGGCAGGAGGAGGGACUGGACGGGGGAGGGAGCGGGCACGCUUUCACAACAAGUGCCUGUCAGCAUGUGGAUCCUCUUGUGGACAUUCCCAGACAGAACCUGCUAAUUUUCUCUGAUGGUGCAGUCGUGGCAGGACUCAGACUGGGAGGCAGCCAAGGAGAGCUGCCAGCUCUGCCGCUGCCUCCAAGACACAUGCGGGAAACUUCCACCCAACAUAAUGAGACACUUGUGGACUGUGCAAUAGCACUGCACCCAGUCAGAACACAUCCAAUCAAGACUUAAUAUUGACAAUUGUUGAUUUAGAUUGCAUCUUGGAAGGAAGACCGUCACUUUUAUCCUUGGAGCUAGCCAAGCCAAAAUGUUUAUGCCUUUUGUUUAAGAAGUGCCUUUUUGUGUAAACAGUGUUAUUUUAUUGGUUAACUUUACGUAUUCCAUUUGAUCAAGAUUGUACGUUUCAUAAGCCUUACUGGUGUGAUGAUAUGCAAGGUCAGAUUUCAGGUUUUGAAGGCAUACAUAGUUUCUGGAAGGCGAUUACUGUUAUUCACUCCAGCAUCCGGGCUGUGUCCGAGCCGAGCUUAAAGUCUGAAUAUUAGUAUCCGCCUCGACAACACUUCCUGUCACAGCUCAAGUGAUAUUCAGGAAGGGACAUAUGUAUGAAGAAAAGACUCCACACGGGCUGCUUAUUAGAGUCACUUGUGAGUUAGUUUACUAUAAUUCUGUUAUCAUAGAUGAAGGGUGUGUUAAGCUGUUUCUGAUCAAUCCAGAUGUUUCCUCCUAACAGCCGGGCCUUGGCACAAAGGGAGCGACGCAACCUUACACUACUACAUUUGGCUCAAGAUUGUAUGAAACACUAUUUUUUAAGUGGAAAUUUAUAUUGAUGUACAUUUAAUUGAGGAAACAAUCGUUGGUAUUGUGUUGAAGUGAGAGAUGACACUUCUUGUUUAAUAAAAAUGACAAAUUAAAUCGCUAUUACAGUUCACGACUUUGAAGGCGAUGAAUGUGGGGUCCUUCUUUGAUG